AUGGUGGGUGUUGAUGACGUGGAGGCAGAGUACCAAGAGAUACAGCAUGCUUGUGACGUGGCUAAACAAGUAAAGCAUCCAUUCAUAAGGUUGUUGACGCGAUCCAGCGUGCCGCCCUUGACGAUAGCAGUGCUGUUGCAAGUGUUCCAACAAUUUACUGGGAUUAACGCGAUUAUGUUCUACGCACCUGUCCUUUUCCAGACCAUGGGAUUCGAAAGCAGCGCUUCGUUAUUAUCGACGGUGAUCACCGGGACGGUGAAUGUGCUGAGCACCUUUGUUGCCGUCUUCGGCGUCGACAAGUUCGGAAGGAGGAAGCUGCUUCUGCAAGCUUGUGUUCAAAUGUUCAUCGCCCAGAAACAACAGCGUGAUCCUUUCGGUGGAACUAAAGACGACCGGAUCUCUAAGCAAAAGUCUGGCGGGGGUCGUGGUGUUUCUAGUGUGCAUGUACGUGAUGUGCUUCGCGUGGUCGUGGGGGCCGUUGGGUUGGCUGAUCCGAGCGAGACAUUCCCCCUCGAGACCCGAACGGCGGGGUUCGCUUUCGCAGUGAGCUCGAACAUGCUCUUCACCUUCCUUAUCGCCCAGGCCUUCCUCUCCAUGCUCUGCCACAUGCGCGCCUCCAUCUUUUUCUUCUUCUCCGCCUGGAUUCUCAUCAUGGGCAUUUUCGUCUAUUUUCUUCUCCCUGAGACCAAGGGAGUGCCAAUUGACUCCAUCACCGAGAGGGUGUGGAAGCAGCACCCCGUUUGA